AACACGACACCAGACCCCGGAACAAUUCAACACGAUGGCAUCUGUCGCUCCUCUUUCUCCAAGGCCCGCUGGCUCCUUCUCUAUUGAGAACGAGCAAGCACCGUCGGUUCCCUUGGGCGGCUAUGUCGGUUUCCAGACCAUCACAGACCAAAUCCAAAAGCGCAUGCUCCAACGCGGCUUCGAAUUCAACAUCAUGGUAGUCGGCCAAUCCGGCCUCGGCAAAUCCACCUUCAUCAACACCCUCUUUAACGCCUCCCUCCUUUCCUCUACCGGCCGCACCCUCCCUACAACCCCAAUCCCGCAAACAACCUCCAUAUCCACCACAACCCACACCCUAACCGAAGGCCCCGUGCGUCUUCAUCUCUCGAUUACGGAUACGCCUGGGUUCGCGGACACGAUCAACAAUGACCGGUGUUGGGAUCCGAUUGUGAAGUACAUCAAGGACCAGCAUUCGGCGUUUUUGAGGAAGGAGUUGACGGCGCAGAGGGAGAGUCGGAUCAGGGAUACGAGGAUUCAUUGUUGUUUGUAUUUCGUGAAGCCGAGGGGUGGAAGAGGCUUGAGCGAGCUCGACGUGAUGGUCCUCAAAAAGUUAGCGGACGUGGUCAACGUCGUCCCCGUCAUCGCCAAAUCCGACUCCCUCACCCUCGAAGAACGCGCAGAAGUCAAAGAACUGAUCCGCUCAGACUUCCAGAAAUACGGUAUCAACCUCUACCCAUACUCAGCACCCUUCAUGACCGACGACGACUCGGCCAUCAACCACCAAAUCCACUCCCUAAUCCCAUUCUGCGUAAUCGGCGCCUCAUCCUCCUUCCCGCACCCCUCCCACCCACAAAAACUCAUCCGUGGUCGCCGUACGCGGUGGGGCGUCAUCGAUGUCGAGGAUGAGAGGCAUUGCGAGUUUGUGUAUUUGAGGAAUUUCUUGAUGGUUACGCAUUUGUAUGAUUUGAUUGAUACUACGAGGGAGGUGCACUAUGAGGGGUUCAGGGCGAAGCAGUUGUUGGCGUUGAAGGAGAGUAGUGCUGGGGGUAAUGCUGGGCAGGGCCAGCAGCAGCAGCCGGGGAGGCCGUCGAGUAGGCAGGCUUUGGGUGGGUACUAAAUUGAGAUCUAGAGAGCAGACGUACGCGUGUUUGGGAUGGGAGUCAAUCUUUUUUCCGUUCAAGGUUGUUAUAGCUAUAUAGCUUUCACUUUUGUUUUUACCGUUGUUAUACCAAAUGCC